AUGUUAGACGGUAAUGGUGUGUUAGUAUCGCUUCUAUUUGAUUUGACAGAGCGACUCACUCGCUUCGUGGCACGGCAAUGUUUCACGUCUGAGGAUCGAGGCUGUUUUCGUUUCUUGGAACUGGAGGAAUUAGAAGUGGUCUCAACUGUAAUCAGAGCGCUGCCGCGCUGUCUGGGUUCCUACGAUUUGCGCUUCAAUAACGCUCGAAAGACGCACGGCAUUCUUAACCUUUGCCGUGUUCCCAACAAUGCUCGUCGCGAGGUGCUACGACUACUUGCGAACGAAGUUUUAUUCUAUGUGCACGCUGGCCCAUCUUCCACUCAAGCUUCACGUCUGAAACCAGGACGCACGAAAUUUGUCACGAAGCGAAUGAAACACUACGGGGCAUCGGCAAGCUCUAUUGAUGCACUCAAACCAUUCUUCUUGCUACCGGAGGAAUGCCUUACGUCGCUUGACAUUAUUGAGUUGGAGGUGCAAAAACUAUUUGCAAACAAUCGGGCAUUUGCGAACCGAGACUCAGCGACGGCAGCAAAUGGUAAUACUGGCUCUGCAUCUCCGAUAAACCGAAAACAGAUCCAAAAGCGUGACGCAUAG